AUGCCGUCGCUCAACGGGCUCCCGGCCACCAAUGGCGCGGCGGCCCCGGACCUCGAUGGCCACCCGCGGCCCCAGACUCCCGCCGGCACAAUGGCCUUGACCGAGUACAGCGCAAACCCGUCGCCGCCAUCCGGCGAGAAGCUUGCGCGCCUCCGCGAGCUGGUCCCCGACGACCUCCUUCUCCCCAAUGGCUAUCCAGACUACUUGCGAAUGAUUGCGAGCGCGACCUCGCGCGUCUACGAGGCCUGCCGCGUCACUCCCUUGACCCCGGCCAUCAACCUGGGCAACCGGCUCGAGUGCAACGUCCUGCUCAAGCGCGAGGACACACAACCUGUCUUCAGCUUCAAGCUGCGCGGGGCCUACAACAAGAUGGCCCACCUGGACCCUGCCCUAAGCUGGGGCGGCGUCGUCUGCUGCUCCGCCGGCAACCAUGCCCAAGGCGUCGCCUAUUCCGCCCGCAAGCUCAAGAUCCCGGCCACCAUCAUCAUGCCCGAGGGCACCCCGAGCAUCAAGCACAAAAACGUCGCCCGCCUAGGCGGCCACGUCGUCUUGCACGGCGCCGACUUUGACGCCGCCAAGGAGGAGUGCGCCCGCCGCGCGAAGCAGGACGGCCUCAUCAACAUCCCGCCCUUUGAUGAUCCCUAUGUCAUCGCCGGCCAGGGGACCAUUGGCAACGAGCUCUUUGGCCAGGUCAACAUGUCCAAGGUCGAGGCCAUAUUUUGCUGCUGCGGAGGCGGGGGGCUCAUCGCCGGUAUCGGCCUCUACGUCAAGCGCAUGGCGCCCCACGUCAAAAUCAUCGGCGUCGAGGCCCGCGACGCCAACGCCAUGGCUCAGUCGCUGCGCAAGGGCGAGAGGGUCGUCCUCAAGGACGUCGGCCUCUUCGCUGACGGUGCUGCCGUCAAGACACUGGGCGAGGAGACGUUCCGCAUCGCCCAGGACGUCGUCGACGAGGUCGUCGAAGUCACCACCGACGAGAUCUGCGCCGCCAUCAAGGACAUGUACGACGAUACCCGCUCUGGCCUCGAGCCCGCCGGCGCGCUAUCCAUCGCGGGCCUCAAAAAGUAUGUUGCGCAGCGGCCGUCGCACGACCCGAGCCGGACCCUCAUUGCCGUGACAUCGGGCGCCAACAUGAACUUUGAUCGGCUCCGGUUCGUGGCCGAGCGCGCGGCCCUGGGCGAGGGAAAGGAGGUUCUCUUGUCCGUCACCAUCCCCGAGAGGCCGGGCGCCUUCGCCAAGCUCAUCGACAGCGUUACGCCCCAUGCCGUGACCGAAUUUUCCUACCGGUACGGCACGGGUGAGCGCGCACGUGUCAUGAUCGGUCUGUCGCUGACGGCGCCACCGACUCAGCGCGACGAGGAGCUGAGAACGCUGCUGGAGCGCAUCCAGUCCGAGGGCAUGGACGUGACGGACCUGUCUGGCGACGAGCUCGCCAAGAGCCAUGUGCGGUAUCUGGUAGGCGGGCGCUCGGGUGUGCUCAACGAGAGGCUUUACAUGUUUAGCUUCCCCGAGAGGCCCGGCGCCCUGGAGAAGUUCCUCAUGACGCUGCGGCCAAAGUUCAACAUUAGCCUGUUCCACUACCGCAACUACGGCGGCGACAUAGCCAAGGUGCUGGCGGGCAUCUCUUGCCCGGAGGACGAGGCGGGCGAGCUGUCGCAGUUCCUGGGCGAGGUCGGGUACCCAUUUGAGGAGUGCACGGAUUCAGAAGUGUUUAAGACGUUUUUGCGGGCAUGA